GUACAAUGCGGGACUAAGAUUCCUUAGCAACGCUUGGCUCCCUGGGAGUAGUGGCGGUUGUUUCAACAUGGCGGCGGCGGCGGCAACAAAAAGUGGAAAUUCGGGGAUAUUUUGGAUGAAUGGCGUGUCCGAUGAUGAACAGCCUUUGGUGUUUGUUCCUGGAGUGGAGGGAGAGGGGAAGACUCGGACCCCUUUCAGUUUGGGAUCAGGCAGCACCAGUACAUCCAGUAAAAGAGGCACCAAGAUGCGAACCAUGCUUGGCUCUGACAGCAGGAAUGAGACCACACUAAAGAAAGGUGGCAAGAAACAGAGCCACUUACAAAGUGAGCGCUCUGGGGUUUAUACCAAGGAUAAAGGGUCAGUCCAUCACAGUGCUACUGCAGCUUCGGAGCACACCUUCUCUCCAGCCUUAGGUACCUUUCUCUCUUCGACACAGGUAAUCUCUGAGAGCAGCGGAGCUAAGAGCCAGGUCUGUCUGAAGGACCUCUGUCCUGAAGAUAAGCGCCGGAUUGCAAACCUUAUUGAAGAACUAGCCAGAGUGAGCGAGGAGAAAGAAGAGUCAGUGCAGCGUCUGAAAGAUGAGCAGGAACAUUUUGAGUGCAAGAUCCAGAAGCUGGAGCAACAGAACCUGGUCAUAGUACAGGAGAGGGAGAGCCUGCAGCAGCAGUACGGAGAGUGCCAGGAGCUGCUCGGGCUCUACCAACAAUACCUUUCUCAGCAACAGGCCAAACUUAACCAGUCCAUUGCUCAGCUCAGCCAGGCACCAGCCCGUAGCAAGGUGCUCAGCAGUGAGGAAGCCGCCAGCAGAACAUCUACUAGCAGAACUAAUGGCUCACUCUUUGAUGGCUCAUACCUCAGCCUUGCUGCUACUCGAGCACAACAGCCUCAAGUGCACAGGGGUGCUGCUGGUGCUGCUGCUGGUGCUGCUGGUGCUGCUGGUGCUGCUGCUGCUGCUGCUGCUGCUGCUGGUGCUGCUGAAGGAGGAAGAGAAGCAGCAAUACACACCCAAAGCAACCAUGCCUCUGUUUCCUGUGUUAGUGAGUUCAGUCCAACUGAUGGGCCGAUCAAACCGCAUAUAAUUCAGAAAAGAGAAUGCAGGGAGUCGCGCUCAGAGUCCCAACACAGAUGUGAGCACUACAGAGGCAGCAGUCAAGACAGUGGCUCUCGUCUAGAGAAUGGCCGCCAUGACAUCUUUAACCAGCAUGAGUGUGAAAGGCUCCACAGUGGGAGUGCAAUUGGCGCAGAAGCCAAGGAAGCCCUGACCAGGCCUCUGCUGGGCCACGAGGACUGGGAGGAGAAGAGGCACCAGCUGCUGCUGCAGAAGAUGCAGUUGGAGUCGGAGAGAGAGAGGCUGCAGGCGCGGCUGGCUGAGCAGGAGGAGAGGCUCAACAGACAGAAUGAGCAGCUACAACAGUCGCGUCUCGAUUACAGCAGGUUUCAACAAGCUACUGAAUCUGAUCCCCGCAGCUCAAACACUAGAAAUGGAGAUCCACACUCCUUCCACCAGGAUUUACCCCCCAGUGCGUGUGAAGAUGCAGAGGUACAUCCUGCAGGAAAACACUCUCAAACUGUGUCCGCUCGUCUGGGCAAUGGCAAUGAGGCCUUUGAGCGGUCCAGAAAGGACAUGGUCACAUCUGCCGCUAAGUCCCCCGCAAGCCCGAGUCAGCCUUCCUCGGUGUCUGUGAUCCAAAAGUUCCCUGAUGCCAGGUUGGACUUUUCUGUGGUUGAGUUAUUGGAUGUCUUUAGUCCUGUCUCUGCACCUGAGAUAAGCAAUCAGUCCACUCGAAGACUUAAAACAUCGCAGCGUAGGCUGGGCCUCUCUACCCCCAAACCAGCGGGCAGAACCCAGUUUACACCCGCUGGGUCUUAUCCUCAGAUUACACAGCAGGACCUGGAAGAAAGCCAAAUACUGGAGGAUAUUUUCUUCAUUUGCUGACAAAGAAGGAAAUGGAUCCAGUCACUUGUGUGGUCUUGACUUUUUUUUUUUUGUUCUUUUUUUUACACAUUUAAUUUUCAGUUGACAGUCUAAAUCAGGAUGAUCAUGAUGUUGUAAAUUGUGCUCUUGCUAUACUGUGGUUUGUAAUGCAAAUAAACAAAUAUUUAUUCAGAA